CUUUGGCGUAGAGUUCAAGCUGCGCUGUCAACAACGUGUGUAUGUUGAAAAUGUCUGUAGAUCAAGUGAUCAUUUUCUUUAUUUAGCUGGAAACAAAGCACACGGCGUGUUGCAGAUCUCGUCUUGUUGAAAAAGCAUCUGCCCAAAAUGAGAAACCUCAGUCUGCUGCAGCGCUGGAGAUGUUUGGAUCUUCCGAUUCCAGGAUCUCCGCAGUGUUUCGCCAUCAGGAGUGAUGCUGGGACAGUUCUGGUGGCCUCUGAGCUCUCCAUCACUGAGUAUAACCCUCGGACCGGAGAGGUUUAUAAUGAGGCGUCUCUGACUGCAGACGACUAUCUCCCAGAAGAUGGUAGUGGUGUUGUUGUGGCGAUUCAAGACCUGCCAGAUCAGGAGUCCGUGUGUGUGGCUACAGCGAACGGUGAUGUCAUUCUGUACAACCUCAACACCAAUCAGAUAGAAUGUGUUGGUAGUGUAGACAGUGGACUAACCGGUAUGACAUGGAGUCCAGAUCAAGAGUUAGUGACACUAACCACAGGUCAGCACACUAUUAUCAUGAUGACAAAAAACUUUGAAUCUAUAACCGAGGUGGAAAUCCAUCAGGAUGACUUUGGUGAAGAUAAAUUCAUCACAGUUGGUUGGGGGAAGAAAGAGACGCAGUUUCAUGGUUCUCAGGGCAAGCAGGCAGCCCAGAGGAAAGCCGCUGAAGUGCAGCCUGCCGUGCCAUGGGACGACAGGAAGCCCAGGAUCACGUGGCGUGGCGAUGGACAGUUCUUUGCUGUUAGUGCUGUUUGUCCACUGACCGGUGCUCGAAAAGUUCGAGUGUGGAACCGAGAAUGUGUCCUGCAGGCCACCAGUGAGGUUGUCAAUGGUCUGGAGCAGCCUCUUAGCUGGAAACCCUCAGGCAGCCUGAUCGCUUCCACACAGCGACACCCAAACAAACACAGCGUGGUGUUUAUGGAAAAGAAUGGACUGCUGCAUGGAGAUUUUACACUGCCCUUUGACAAAGAACAGGUCAAGGUGAAGGAGCUGUUGUGGAACAGUGACUCUACUGUGCUGGCUGUCUGGAUGGAGGAUUUAAAAGCAGAGAAUGGUCAUCCAAACACAUACAUUCAGCUGUGGACUGUGGGGAAUUAUCACUGGUAUCUAAAGCAGAGUUUACAUUUUGGCAAUGAGCCUCUGAAAGCUCCAGCAGGUGUGUGCUGGGAUCCGGAGAAGCCCUUGCGUCUUCAUCUCCUGACACGUGGAUGGGCCAGCUACACUUACGAGUGGGGUUGGAACACCCAGCGUAGUCAUGGCAACGACUCCUAUGACAAUGCAAAUGUGGCCGUGAUUGAUGGAGAUAAAGUCCUGGUGACAACUUUUCGCCAGUGUGUGAUCCCACCACCUAUGUGUGCAUUUGAGCUUCAACUUCCUGUUCCUGUCAACUUGAUCACCUUUCAUUCUCAAGUACAGAGGACCAAUGAGCUCGCAGCUCUCGCGGCCGAUGGGUGCAUUCAUGUAUACAGUCAGGGGAGUGGUGCUGGUAAAGAUGAUGUUCCUGGUUCCGGAUUUAAAGUUGUUUCAGCACCAUUAGAACUACAAAAGACAUACAGGGUCGACAUGGAUCAGGAUGAACCUCUGACACUACGCUUGCUGCUUUGGUUAAAUGAGGACACAUUUUUGGCGGUAGUUUAUGGGAAAAGCUUGAGCCGGAUUCUAAAACUCACGCCAUCUGAUACACUCAAGGAUACACUGGAGAUCAGGUCGGAGUUUCCUGUGGAUGGUCAUGUGAUCAGCUUGUGUCACUGCCUAAGAAGCGGCACCGUUGCUCUGCAGCUUGAAGACGGACAAAUAAGGAAACUUUUCAUGGACUCUUCAGAUCUCAAAGUAACAGAAUGGAGGGAUUUUACUGGCAAUACAAUCAACUUUCCCCGACCUUGUGUUCAGACAGCACUGUGUACCCUAAACGGAGAGGAGUAUUUAAUAGGCCUCACAGAAAGAUCUCAGCUCUACAUCGGUGACUCGCAGGUGGCCUCCAACAUCUCCUCAUUUUUAGUUUACGAUGACUUUCUUUUGCUCACCACACACUCUCACAUGUGCCACUGUCUAAACCUCAUCACGCUCUCUAUUAAAGGUUUGCAGUCAGCUCUGAGCUCAGAUGGCGGUCAGAACGAUGAGACGGUACGGAAAGUGGAACGAGGCUCUCGAAUCGUUGCUGUGGUUCCUCAGGAUACCAGACUGAUCCUACAGAUGCCACGAGGGAACCUUGAAACAGUCCAUCAUCGGGCUCUAGUGCUCGCUCAGCUCAGGAAGUGGCUUGAUGGCCUCAGAUUUAAAGAUGCUUUCGAGUGCAUGAGGAAGCUGAGGAUCAACCUCAACCUCAUUUAUGACCACAACCCUGCUGUGUUUCUCCAAAACGUGGAGAUGUUCCUAAAACAAAUCGAUUCCAUCAAUCACAUCAACCUGUUUCUCACUGAACUCAAAGAGGAAGACACCACCAAAACAAUGUACCCAUGUCCUGCGAGCACCACCUCCAGUUCAGCUCCAGGUAAAGCAGGGAAGGUCGACAUCAUCUGCGAUGCGUUACGCUCCACAAUGGAAACUCUUAACAUGCACAAAUAUUGUUUAUGUAUUCUGACGUCUCAUGUGAGAAAGACUACCCCAGAACUGGAAAUCUGUCUGCAGAAGGUUCACGAAUUACUAGUGAACCCACCCAGCGCCGACGAUGCCGUGAGCGCAGAGGAAGCCCUGAAGUAUCUCUUGUUCCUUGUGAAUGUUAAUGAACUUUACGAGCACUCCCUCGGCACCUACGAUUUUGACCUCGUGCUCAUGGUGGCGGAGAAAUCUCAGAAGGACCCCAAAGAGUAUCUGCCCUUCCUGAACAUGCUGAAAACUCUGGAGCCGAACUAUCAGCGCUACACCAUCGACAAACACCUGAAGAGAUACAGAAAAGCUUUACAUCAUAUCAGCAAGUGUGGUGAAGAACAUUUCACAGAGUUGUUAAGCCUAGUCAAGGAUCAUAGACUGUACAACGAUGCUCUCGAGCUCUUCCCCUCAGGCAGUCAGCAAUACAAGUCUCUGAGCGUGGGCUAUGCGGAGUAUCUGGUCGAGCAGCAUCAGGCAGAGCAGGCGGGGCUGUUACUAUGGCGAUGUGGCGAGACCGUCCGUGCUCUCCAGGCUUUCGUCAGCUGUAUGAGCUGGAGACACGCCCUCGCUGUGGCAACACACAUCCCCCUGGCACCCGAACAGCUGACGCAGCUCGCAAGAGACCUGGGAGAGAAACUUCUGGAGGCCAGAAGGCACACGGAAGCCGCUCUGUGUUUGGAACUGUAUGCUAAGGAUUGUGAGGAGGCGAUCUCUGCUCUCAUAGAGGGAGCCGCAUGGGAAGAGGCGCUGAGACUGAUUUAUUUGUACAACAGAGAGGACUUCAUUGAGACUAAUCUGAAAUCCGCUAUUUUAGAUGCUCACAGCAGUCAGAUGUCCUUCAUCGAGUCCCAGAAGGCUUUGUUAAUCCGUCACAAAAAUCGUCUUGCUGUGGUACGAGAGCUCAAAGCAAAGGCCAGUCUGGAGUUAUUUGAUGAAGAGGGUCCUGACUGCGCAGAUUCUGAUCUCUACUCCGAGGCCAGUAGCGUCCUGACCGGCAGCAAUCUUGGUUCAAAGCACUCCCAGAGUAACUCGCGCAUCUCAUCGAGGUCGUCCAAGAACCGGAGGAAAGCAGAAGGAAAAAAAUACAGUCUGAAGGAGGGAAGCCCGUUUGAGGACAUCGCCCUACUGCGUUCACUUAUUCAGAUCAUCACUGUUGUCGACAAGAUGAAAGAGGAGGUUCACAACCUGCUGAAGGUUCUCGUGCUCUUCCUGUUUGAUGUUCAGGCCGGCAGCCUGCAGAGAGAAUACAGUGAGCUUCUUCAGCUCCUUGAGACCAGCAUCCCAGAUAUUUGGAGUGAGAACGCGCAACGGGGCCACAAUCCACUCACAGGUCCUGACUCGACAGCCAAUAGCAUUAUGGCAUCGUUUCAGCAGCAGAGACCGACCGCGUCUCCACAAGAUCCAGAAGUCCUGAUGGCACCCAAGAUGAGAAACACUGUCAAGUGGAAACUAACCAUUCUGAAAUAGCCUGUAUUUAACAUUUUUCUUUAGUUGUAUUUUAUGAAAUCCAGCAUUGUUUAAUGGUACAUUGUGGAAGAAUUAAAGAUAGUAAAGGAUGUAGUUGAGUGUUACAUUUUUUUCCUUUCUGAUUAACUUCAAUAUGCAACAUCGAUAUAUGGCUUGUUGGCUUUAAUAUUCAUUUUUUUAAACUUAUAUAAAACAAUCAUUUAGGUCAGUAUUGCGUUAAUAUUUGUCAUCUCCAAACAGAUUAUGUUUUAAGGAAAAUAACUUCUGUUUCUAUAGCCCAUUUUUCACAAUUAUUUGCGAGCAGCUUCACAUCCAUAUAGAUACUAAUAAGAGAACCAGAGAUCUAUGAAAACAUUGUGAUCCUGAAGUUUUCUUACUGUAAUACUGUAUACUGACAAAUUGUCUGAAAAAGUGAAACUGAAAAGUUUGUUAUUGGUGUGUUUUAUUCAUAUAGUGCUAGUAAUUGCUGUAGCAAAUUGUACACGGGAUGUAUACCGACUGUAAAAGUAUUUAUUAGAUUGUAAUGCGUUUCUAAAUAGAACGUUGAUGAUAGAUAAAUAAAAAACUGAAAACCAA